AUGUCCGAUGCACGAGCUCGCCUAGACGCUGCUUCGACGUUCCUGCUCCAGAGCCCGCCAGGAGAAGUGAACGACGUCCUCUCCGACCUGCGCGCAAUCCUCUCCUCCUCCGGCCUCUCCGACUCCCAAAUCGAGUCUGGCCUGCUCCCAGCUCUGACAAAGCACAACGCCGAGCAGUUCACGGUUGUUGAAAGUGAGGGGAAGAAGGUGCUCGUUACGCCUGCCUCGAGGGUGGAGGGUGCGGGCGAGGAGGAAGGGACGGAGAGGCAUGUUCAGCUGAGGGAGGGAAAGGAGUUUGUAUUUGAUCAUCUCAAGGGGCUCGCCUCGUCCGCCUCGCCACACACCUCCCCAUUCGACAGCGAGACUUCCACCCUGCGCACCUCACUCGACAAGCUUCUCUCGUCCUACGUCGCGAACCACUACGCUUCGGGCGUCGCAGCAGUCUACACUCUCCCCGACCCGGCCUACCCGCCUCCUGAGCCUGCCGCUGCUCCCACGUCCGAGGAGAAAGCCGCGGAGCCAGAAGGGACGGGUGAAACAGGCUCGAUCGCGCAGGACGUCGAAGGCGGGAAGGAGGAGGUAGCGGAUGUAGCAGCUGACACGGCUGAGGAGGUCGAGAAGGCGUUGCCUGAGGAGGGAGUUGAGACGGUUGGUGGAGAGGGGGCGGCGCCGACUGGGACUUCGGCGGAGGAGGCGGAGGCGAAGGAGGCCGAGGCGGAAGAGAAGGGGAAAAGUGCGGAGGCGGUCGAGGACGACAAGAUGGAUGUCGGAACGCCUGCUACGGCUCCCGCUGAAGUUGAGGAGGAGCCGCCUGCUUCGACGACGGAGGAUGCUGCACCCGAGCUGCCUCAACCACGCCCGUCGCGACUAUUCGGCCUGUACUUCGUCGGCAACAAAUACAACCCGAGUAACUACUGGACCGGUCGGUGGCGCUCGACGUACCAGCUCGACUAUGCGAAGGGGACGCUCGAGGGCACGGCGCAGAUCAACAUCCACUACUAUGAGCAGGGCAACGUCCAGCUCUCGACGACGCUCAAGUCCUCCGCGACCCUCUCCCCCUCGCCCUCGCCCGAAUCCGUCGUCGCUUCCAUCAAAGCAACCGAAUCGUCUUUCCAGCGCCAGCUCGGCGAAACAUACAACGACCUGUCGGACGCCAGCUUCCGCGGCCUGAGGCGCGCGCUGCCGAAGACGAGGAGCAAGCUUGAUUGGGACAAGGCGACGGGGAUGCGGUUGGGUCAGCAGAUUGGUGGUGGGGCGCAGUAG